CAGGCCCCAGCACUCAUCACUGACCACACCUAAGCCCUCCUGCAACAUUGUUCUUGAAGCUGUCAUCAUGACUGGCGCUGCAGUUAUCGCCGGCCUGGUGCUCCUCGCCGCCGCCGCCGCUCCGGCGUUCGCCACGGAUCACGUGGUCGGCGACUCGUCCGGGUGGACCAGCGGCGUGGACUACACCACCUGGGCGAAAGGCAAGACCUUCAGUGUUGGGGACAACCUGGUGUUCCAGUACAGCGCGAUGCACUCGGUGGCGGAGGUGAGCUCGGCGGACUACAGCGCGUGCUCGGCCAGCAACUCCCUCCAGUCGUACAGCGACCAGAACACCAAGAUCCCGCUCACCGCGCCCGGCACGCGCUACUUCAUCUGCGGCACCGUGGGCCACUGCAGCAGCGGCAUGAAGCUCGCCGUCAAGGUGUCCGCGGCCGCCGCCACCUCCCCGGCGGCGUCGUCCCCGCCCGCCGACGACGGCACUCCCCCGGAGACGACCACGCCUUCCGCGUCGACACCCCCCGCGACGACGGCGGCGCCCACGACCAAGUCCACCUCGAGCAGCACCGCCGGGGAGGCCCCGCUGGCGAUGGGCGUACUGGCCGGCGCAGCGGUGCUCGUCAGCCUCGCCCUGAUGGCCUAGGCAAGAGGCAGUGCUGUCGUUCCCGUGCCUUUUCCGUUUGGUUGUAGUCGGCUGUUUCACGCGCUCUCCAUUCACGUCUCUGCGUCGCGAACGUCUUGGUUCGAGACUCGUGUUGUGUACCUGUACCUGUACGAUCAUUCUUGAUUUAGAGAAACUACUGUUCUCUGAUGCUUGGACCC